UCAAAUGCAAACAAGGCACACCUAGUGGAAUGUGUUGCUUCUUUACUCCCAGUAUGCAAAUCUCAACUGAGACCAGCGAAAAUUCUACUUAGUUCUUCAGUUGUUCUUCAAGUUUCCUUUUUCAAGAGAGCGAUAGAGCCAACCAAGUUUGUGUUAUUGAAUAUGUCAUCGCAGAAGUACAAGGUUAAAAGUGCUGAGCAAUUUGCCGAAGAAUUCAAAGGGAAAGUGGCGGCAUUUAGCCGAACACUACGAGGCCUAGAGGAUAGAGCUAAGAAAUGUGAAUCUUUAAAGUCUCUAGAGAAGGGAUCCACCAAAACAAUUGCUUACGAGGAUGGAGACAAAAAGUACAUUCUUGAUUGGCAGCCCUAUUUGAAUGACUGCAAAAGAAGAUUGUCGAGAUCUUUAGAGAAAUUGAAGGAGAUCCAGAAUCAUAGAAAACAGAGAAAAAUUUCUUUUAUUGGCUCCAUCAAAGAGGCUCUUCCUUCCUGGUCCAAAAAGAAAAAUCCUAAACAUCUUUUGCUUUAUCAGCUGAUAAAUGACACAGAAGAUUAUCAGAACUUACUAACGGACAUCGUGAAUCAAAUCAAGCCAGCAGAUGACCUCACAAGUCUGGUAAACAAAAUAUUUCAAGAACGAGACUCUAAUCAGAAUGAUGAAAUAACGAAAGAACUGGAAGGCAUAACGAUCAGGUGGAAUUCACUUUGUCAAAAUGUGAUCAACAAAAGUGGCAGUCUUGAAUCUGUUGGUUUGGAGGUGGAUCGUGAAUACAAGAAGCUGAAUAAUUGGUAUGAGAAAUAUGACACCUUAAACACCUGGCUGCACCUUAACGAAAAGGUCCUGGACGAAAAAAGCCCUGGGAGUACAUCAGCUAUCAUCAAGGAACACUUGGAGAAAAAUCAGGAGCAGCUCAAAAAUGUGAAAGAUCGCAAACCCAAUUUAGAGGAAGUGGCUCUGGAAGCUGACUCACUUCUAGAAAGUAGCCGCUUAGAUAUAGGAGAUGCAGAAAGGGUGGAACGAUACAAAGAAGAAUUGAACACCAGAUACACAACUCUCAUUGACAGGCUCAUGGGAACCCAGAACAGGUUACAUAACAGUAUGCAUGAACUAAGAAACGUUCCCAAAGAAACGGUGGAAAAGACAGAAACGGCCAUCGUGGAGGCUUCGCUGGAACCAAACCACAAGCCACCACCAAAGAUCAUUUCACCGUUCCAUAAAGAAGAUGAAACUAAAAGCAAUGAGCAGAGAGUAAAAGAUUCCAUGGCAGCUGUCAAGAAGACUAUUGCACAAGAAGAUAGGUGGAUUCUAAAAACUAGGACAGAGGGUGGUAAAGCAAGGAUUCACGAAGAGACUACGAAAGCAUUUGAUUCGUCGCUAGACCUUUGUUCGAAGGCGCUGAAUGAGCUGGACGAAGAAUCGCUGCAAAAGUUUUCAGCUGCUGGUUCAAACAUUAAAGAAGUUAGGGAGCAGCUCGAUGAAAUACAGGAUCUGGAACGAAAAAUGUCCAAGGAGGAUGCUUCAUUUCGUUCGGUGAAGGAAACGUUUGAAGCAACUGAGGGAAAAACAUUGAUGAAACAAGAAGCUCGCGAUAGGCUGCAAAGAAAAGUUAGCGAUUUGAACUCCAGAUGGGAGGAGAUGUGGCGUUCUCAUGACGUUAACAAAGACCGCUUGGUACAAGCCAUUUUGAUCAUGGGUGGAGAGUGGAUGGGGAGAGUGAAUGAAAACCUUGAUGACCUUGAAGAGGACAUCAAAUCAAUCGAAAUCAAAGAUGGCGAUUGGCAGUCUCUGGGUGACUCGGAACAGAAACACAAGGAAAUCAUGGACAAGAUAGGGUCUUAUGAGGUUUCGGUGGGUGGAGCUGUGGAUGUAGCCAGAGAGGUUCAGCGGCGGGAUCUGGUAACCGAGGAAACUGGUGAGACUAUUACACAUGAAACAGAUGAACUAGAGGACAGGCUGGAACGACUGAAAGCUGAAGCUGACGAAAAAAAGAAAAGGAUCGCAGAUUCCUUGCGUAAGAUUGAGCAUUCUACUGCUGUCCAAGAGAUUAUGGUGCCCUCCAGUGUAUCAGUUGCCCACUCAGCUCCCGAUCAGGUUAAUGGAGAUUCUGAUGAAGGAUUUGUGGAACCAAAACGACACCUAUUUCAGAGAAAAGUUACGUACGAGUCGAUCAUAACCAAGAAAAUGAAAGAGUUGAAGAAAGAAAGCAAGGCGAUGAAUGCAUGGAUGGACGAAACUGAAAAACUUGUGGGUUCACUACGAAUAGACAUGGAUCCAAAAAAGGCCUCCAGGGUGCAGCAGAAAAUUGACGCACGACUGGGAGAGGUCAACGAAAAACAGUCAAAGGUAAACCGCGUCAUCCAGCUUAGCAAGGAGAUUGAGAACGAGACCAUUGACCCAACGGUUAAUGAACCUUUCGUGAAGGAAGCCAAGGCUCUUGAGGAAAGGUGGGCCAAGAACAAGGACUUGCUUGAAAAUCACGGAGAAAGAGACGCUGCCAGCAAAGCCUCGUCCGGAAGCUGCUGUAUUCUGUUCUUGAAAAAACGAUUGUUACCAGUGUGGUCAUACAAUUAACUGAAGAUGAUAAUGAAAGCAGAUAUUCCAGCUCUUAAACCUUGAAUAGCAAGAUAUAUACUCACCGAAUUACAAGGUUGAUUUUUGAUAAUAAUGGGUGAAAGAACAAUCGAUUAAACAUUUAAUCAAUCAAAUGUAAGAAACGCUACGUAAUUCCAGUUAAAACUUAUUUUCUACAUUACCUGAAAAUUGAUUCUUGAGGAAUUAGAAAUUUAACCACACCUUUACACUAACACUAGUGUUAACUUGCACAAUUCUGUUCAGUCUUAUUAAACGAAACGAGCAAUUCCAUUUAAAUUCUUUGUCAUCUAUGGUUAUUUUGGCUUGAAGCACUAAUUGACACAAUUUAGUUAAUCUGAAAUCACUGAUGUGUUUUACAAAGUGAUUUUUGUUUUGUCCUCUUUAAAUGACCCCGGUGACAGGGGUGAUUAAUUACAUCGAAAGAUGUCUGUAGAUUUUAUCGCGCAAUUAAGAUAUUAGUUGUAAGAAAAGCAAUGAAAUAAGUUUGAAUUUAAUUUACUACGAAGAUAUUUAUUAGCGAAUUCAUCUAAAAGUAUCACGCCUAAUGCAAAAUCGUAAAAUUUGUUCGUUAAAUUAAUUGCGUAAAAGAAAAGUUAACGACGGCCUAAGUUGCAAUGAACAGCAAAAUUCAAAAUGGUAAUUGACAAGCAUUGAGGAAUGCAUGUAUUCAAAACAUGAAAAGUAGUCUACCAGUGCAAUUUUAAUGGACUGAAAUAUUGUUAUGCUAGUUUGGUAGUAUCAACUGAGUAAAUUGCACACCGUAAAGGGCUUCAAAGCUGACGUUCCUAGAGCUAGCCCUUCAUGGAAUAUUGGAAUGUUGUUACUCUUAUGUAUAAACUGGCAAAAUACCGUAGGUUAGUCGAAAGGGUUAAAUAGAGCCUGAUCUCUGGUUAGAAUUGGCUCUAAAUUGUCAAGACGAAACUAUACCAACUAAUUUGUAAGACGCAAGUUAACUCAUUCAUGAAAAACACAAAAAGUUUUUUAAGUUUAUGUCUGAGCCUGGCUAUCUGCCCUCCACUUUCCUUUCUAAUAAAGUUCGGG